GACCAGGUCUCAUCCCACUUUCCACUCGAACACCAGACUUGGUGGUCUCUCCACAGAUUACUUGUCCGCACCCGUUCUCUUCGAUGUCUGACCGACGAGCCCAGCGCUUAUCAAACGAGGCCCAGACUAGUUCAGGUCGGACACACCCUCCCCGCCUGCUCCACGCACCGCCUUGACUCCGCCGGGAUCAUUUCCCGACGCACUGCCAUAAGCUCUCAUAACGAUCCGAGGGCUUCGAGGAACGUACGUAUCAGGAUUCUUUUGUCUGCGUUUGGACAUGAACAUUCAGAACGUCGUCGAGUCGUCAUGGUCGUUUAGAGUUGACUGGCAGCCCCCCAUUCCACCAGGAGAGAGCCGUCCCAUAUGGUCUGCUAAAAACGGGGGGACAACUCCUGCUGUCCCCUUCAUCUCCCAAGACUCCUCUACUUUUGCGCACACGAACCGAUAUUUGGCGGAUUGGUCGAAUUGGAAGUUGGAUCCGGGAGGCAGUGACUCUCGGUUGGACAAGUUCCACGUUCCAUGGCAUCAUAAUCCGCUCUCGACCUUUGGAGCCCAACAAUCCAGGCAGAUCCUCUUCCCACCUGCCGUAAGACUGGUCAACGUCCAAACUAAAUGAAACCGCGUGGAGACCCAGGCUGUUCUUCAAAGAUGAUCAACAUUCGUCGUUUCUCUGCGCGCUAGUUGGCUGAUGAAACCAGCUUGCACAGAGAUUGUCCCUCCGUCUCAGGAACUCUCCUUCGUUUGAGGGUUUCUGUUUCCAGUGCAUCGCGGACAGAUGUCCCACGCUCGACAGAACUCGGCAUACCACCGUCCGGCAGGCGCUUCUUACGAGUCGUCCUCGGGUUCAUCGCCCGGGGAGUUUUCUUCCACAAUGUCCCGAGGCAGCUCGGUACAGGGAUCAAUGGACGAACGUCUGAAAGGGUCCCUGCCAAACAUCACCAAGAAGCGGAAGACAUGGAAGAAGUCGAGUGAUGGACAAGUGAUUUGGCCGCCCGACCUGGAGGCUGCUCUGGUCAAAGGUCUCGAAAAAUACGUGCCGCCACCCAGAGCGGGCGCCGCAUUCUCAAACCGGUAUCCAGGUCGCAAUCGAUUCCUGUCGAAUUUCAUACUGGAAACGACGGGCGAAUGGCGGAGUUGCAAGCAGGUCGGCAGUCGGAUACAGCAGAUUCGCGAAUCAGCCCAGAGUGGGCAAAACGUGCUUGACUGGAUGUCCGGGAUCCCAUCGAUGUCUGGCCAUUCCUCCCCUGCGCCUGGCGCCUUCGCCCCGGCCCAGGAAAUGAUCGUGAAUAUUCCGAUAUAUCCUCAGAGCCAGCAACCCUCGGUACACGGUGCGGCAGCCAAUCAGCCCCAAGUGUACAGCACAUACGCUUCGAAAAAUCAGAGACAACUCGCCACCAUCGAUCCGACCAUCUGUUUUUCUCUCCCGGUUCAGUCGCAAAGUCUUUCCGCGCGGUCAGCAGAAACCGUGAUUUUGACAUCCAGCCAAGCCCCGGUGCAUUCCGAAACUACGCAGCUUUCUUUGCGCCCAGGCCCGGAGGAGGGGAGCUGGGUCUACACCACAUCACUUGUCCCCAAUUUCUGGCAGUUAUUUGUUCAAGAUCCAGAUCCUUCGCGAUAUGAGAUACGGCAGCAGGUCGUCUCCAAUCUCGACGCCCGGGUGCUGUUCUCCGCCACUUAUCGAUUCGUGUACCAUGGCGAGCCCUCGCAAACCAGCGCUUUCCCGUCGCCCCAGAGUCAGCACGAUCGCGGUGAUUAUUACGGUCAAACGCAGCCAUACAACGCCCAGCAGAUCGCGGGCAGCUCCCAUAUGGGCGCGUACGGCACGUCUGGCCAAGGACACUAUAUCAGUCAAUUCAGUGACAGGGAACGCUACCAGGCCCCACAUGCGCGUUUCGGAGAGACGCCCAUGCGCUGGCAUGGCAGUGCCUCCCACUCGUCUUUUUCUGGCCCUCACUAAGGCUCAAUCUAAAAUUAAAACAUUAACUUAUUCACGAGGACUUUCGUAGACUUAGACACGAGCGUAGAACGUUCUACUGUACACCCCAAAGACGCUUUUUGUACAGUGUGUAAAAUCAUCAUUAGACCGCUGGCGAU